UAUAUUACCAGCUUUUUGUUCAUAACAAUUCUUGUGAAAAAACCAAGUUGCACUGUGAAAGCGAUAGAACUACGUACUAUGAAUUCAAUUGAAUUUAUGUGUUUGUUCUUAACAGGUACAAUGGGAUUCGAAAUCGAAGGCAAAUUGGGUGAAUUCGUUGAGGAGAAAGGAGGCCUCUAUUCGAUCAGUGGCAAUAGCAGCACAGGUUACACAGUCAACCAGCACUUGGACAAGAUCACCCUGUCCAAUGGCCUUGCCUGGAGUCUCGAUCAUUCCACCUUCUACUAUAUUGACUCAAUGAAAUAUCGCAUUUCCGCUUACGACUAUGAUAUCAAGUCUGGAAGUAUCAGCAAUCCGAGAACUGUAUUAGACUUCAAACAAAAAAUGAUACCAGGAAUACCAGAUGGCAUGACCGUGGAUUCAGAAGGAAAGCUGAUUGUAGCUGUAUUCGCAGGGGGUUGUGUGUUAAGAAUUGACCCAGAUUCUGGAGAUGUAUUGGCAAAAAUACAAGUUCCCGCACCCCAAGUGACAUCGAUAGCAUUUGGCGGAGACAAUUUCGAUGAGCUCUACGUUACAACGGCCAACAUCUACGCCACUCCAGAAACUCAGGAGAUGUUUCCAGAUGCAGGCAGUGUGUAUAGGCUAACAAAUCUUGGCUUCAAAGGAGUCCGAGCUAACAAAGUCAAAUUGUGAACAAUUAUCAUCAAGCGAACAUUUUUAAUGUUGAGCUCAGUGCUAAAAUUCUUAGCUUAUACACAAUCCAAAAGCUUUUAACUGGACAAUUUACUAUGAGUUACAGUUUGAGGGUACCUAAUAAAUUUUAUUUCAUCGAGAGAUAAGUGGAAGAGUCAACUUGCUUAAAAUAUUUAUUUCAUGAUUUUUACACCAGCAACAAUUUUAUUAUUACACUUUUUCAAGUUCAAUGUUUAUGAUUCACAGGAUAAUUUCUUGUGAUUGAGUGUGUAACUAAAUAAUUGAAGGUGGACACAGAGAAAAAUAUAAUUUUUCUAAAAAAACCCUGAUUUGUAACACACCUGACUAUUUGCGUUUUUUUCGCUAUGCAUUAUGAAGGAUUAACAAAAAUAUGUGAGUUGUGAAUAGAAUUAUUCAAAACAAUAAUAUAAUCUGUAAAUCACCAUUGAAUAGCAGUGAAACACAGAUAAGCAUAGACCCUUUUUUAGAAGAAUAAUUGUUGUAAAUCAUCUAGACUAGAGUAAUAUAUUUGUGAAUAUUAAUGUUGGUAAUGCAUUAUGAAGGAAAAACAAUAAUAUUGUUAUUUGCGAAUAAAAUUAUUUGAAAGAAUCA